GUGCUGGGCUGCUGGGCUGCUGGGGCUGGGGCGGCGUCUCGGGAGCACGGCGUUGUGGGACAGCACGCGCGGCGGCAGGCGGCACGGCGCGGGUCGGAUCGGCACCGGACGGGAGGCGCAGGGCGCAAGGACACGCAAGGCACCAGCAGCCGGUGGCGCUGCACCGCGGAGGACAAGCUAGCCGUCGUAGACAACACUCGCUCGUCGCCAUGCCGUCGUCCGGGGCCGUGGUCGCCGUGGUCGUCGUGGUGCUCGCAGCCCUGGCCUGCCUGGACACACGGGUGGAGGCGAUAAUCUGCUACGACUGCAAUUCGGAGUACGACCCCCGGUGCGGGGACCCGUUCGACCCGUACACGCUGGGCCAGAUCGACUGCAACGAGCGGCAAGCCCUCGACCACCUGUCCGGAGCCAACGCCACCCUGUGCCGCAAGCUGGUGCCCGCGAGUGCGAUGGGGACGCGCACGCGCGUCGUCCGGACCUGCGGCUACAUCGAGGACGCGGCGCGCGACGGCGUGCUGUGCACGCCGCGGUCCGGAACGCACGACGUCAACGUGCUGUACUGCUCGUGCAAGGGCAACCUCUGCAACGCGGCGCCGUCCACGACGAGGGCCUCCCUGGCGGCGCUGCUGUCGCUGCCACUGCUGCAGCUCGCCCGGUGGGUCGCCCGGUCAUAACGGCCCGGCAACUUGCAGUCCGGUGCAGUCCCUCGGCCCGGACCCCAGAGUCCUGGACCCUGGACCCCGGACCCCGGCGUCUCGGACCCCAGAGUCUCGGACCCCAGGGUCUCGGACACCAGAGUCUCGGACUCCAGGG